CUUGCGGGGUGACGCCGCCGCCGCUCGCGGGGGCUGUGAGCGCGAAAGAGAGAGGACAGUGAUGGCGGCGCCGGAGCGAAGGAGGACGUCGUCCAAAGGCGUCAAGUUCCUGUUCGGCGGCCUGGCCGGGAUGGGUGCCACGUUUUUCGUUCAGCCGCUCGACCUGGUGAAGAACCGGAUGCAGCUGAGCGGCCAGGGGGGACGCACCAAGGAAUACAAGACCAGCUUCCACGCGGUGGGCACCAUCCUGAGAUCCGAGGGCAUCAGCGGCAUCUACACCGGCCUCUCUGCGGGUCUCCUGCGUCAGGCCACCUACACCACCACCCGGCUGGGAAUCUACACCAUCCUCUUUGAGAAGUUCACCAAACCCGACGGGACGCCCCCCAACUUCGCCAUGAAGGCCCUGAUCGGAAUGUCGGCGGGGGCCGUGGGAGCCUUCGUGGGGACCCCAGCCGAGGUCUCGCUCAUCAGGAUGACAUCUGACGGCAGGAUGCCGGUGGAACAGCGACGGGGUUACACCAAUGUGUUCAAUGCACUCCUACGCAUCAGCCGUGAGGAAGGAGUGACCACCCUGUGGCGGGGUUGUGUCCCGACGAUGGCCAGAGCUGUCGUGGUAAACGCAGCCCAGCUGGCUUCGUACUCCCAAACCAAGCAGUUCCUGCUCACUACAGGUUACUUUUCCGAUAACAUCUUGUGCCAUUUCUGCGCCAGUAUGAUCAGCGGGCUGGUUACCACAGCGGCCUCCAUGCCGGUAGACAUCGUAAAAACCAGGAUUCAGAACAUGAAGAUGAUUGAUGGAAAACCAGAGUACAAGAACGGGCUGGAGGUUCUCGUGAAAGUUAUUCGACAAGAGGGCUUUUUCAGUCUGUGGAAAGGCUUCACGCCCUAUUACGCCCGGCUCGGCCCGCACACCGUCCUCACCUUCAUCUUCCUCGAGCAGAUGAACAAAUACUACAAAAUCUACUUCCUCGAUCAAUAAAAAUGGUGGACGUUAAAGAUCUCCCACGUCGCUGUUCCGAAAAGA